UCCCUCCGAGCAGCCUCCCGCGGCUCCCGCGGCCGCUCCGUCCCUCCCGCCCGGGCGGCACCGGCAGCGGCGGCGCGCAGAGCUGGCCUUGCGGGAGGCGCUGUUCGCCGCUAGGUGAGGGGCCCUCAGUCAGGGAAAAAAAACAACCAAAAACCCGAAAAAAACCAGGAGGAGAAGAUGGAGGAAGAAGAGGAGGAUGACAUGACGUGCGGAGACUUGGGAAACGGACUUGGGAGAAGACCGGGAGGUGUUUAUGAAGGGGAAAACCUACAAAAUUCCUACUCAAUUAGAUCUAGGAAGGGAUCUGGAAAGACUUGUAAUUCCCCCUUGUCGGCAAAGGCAGCAGAAGAAAGCGAUGCUGCAGCUCUUCCUGGUCCAAAACGAAACAGCUUUUACGAUGGAUCACUCAAAAAUCCUGCCUCUAGUUCCACACGGCAGAAUAGCUGUGAAUCGAUUACUGAAGUGUCAAAUGAAGAGCUAAAGCAACAACUUCGGGACACUCUGGAGGAGCUUGAAAUUUUGAAAGUUGAGCUUGAAGCAUCUCGAAGACAGCUUGAAGGAAAAGAUGAAGCUCUAAGAAUCCUGCAGAGCAUGGCAGUGUUUGAUAAAGCCACGAGCCAUACUAAAGCAAUGCUUCAGAAAACUGAGGAAGAAAAGAGGACUCUAGAGAAGGAAAUAAAUAUUUUGCAGUGGGAAAUUGAAUUUGAUCAGGACAGAUUUAAAAACAUAGAAGACACCUGGACAGAAAAAUAUGACAGGAUAUAUUGUGAAAAUGCAGCUCUUAAGGACGCAUUGAAACUGAGGACAGGAGAAGUUAAAACACUUAAAGCUGAAAAUGCAAUCCUGAAACAGCAGUGCUUGGAAUUCCUUGCAAUGCUAGAUGUGAAACAACAGAAAGUUUUUCAGGAGAACAUGUCAUUGAACAAAAGUGACAUUACUGAUUUUACAGGUCUUGAACUCUUAAACCCUGCUUCCUCGUGCUUCACUGAGCCCAGUAGUGUCCCAGUGAGGGCUGCAGGGUGUAGCACACCCACCUGUCGGGUUUUGCCUGAAAACACACCUCUCAUUCUGGCAGUGCUCGGAGCCUGCACCUGCAGUCCUGCUGAGGGGCAGCCCUGUCCCUGUGCCAGAGUGGCAGCUCUCGCUCGGAAGCAGCUCCUCCAUCUCAAGCAAGAGAUUGACAACCUGAAGAAGAGUAAGGAUGAAGCAUAUAUCAUGGCAGAUGCCUUCAGAAUUGCAUUUGAGCAGCAGCUGAUGCAGAGGAAGGACCAGGCCCUGAGGCUGGCGGAAGUGGUGAACAUGAAGAAGGAAACCAAAUUUUCAAACUGGAGACGUCUGCGAGGCACUGAGCGUGUCAAGUUACAGGGGAGCAAAAACAACCUGGGGCGGAAGCUGUCCAGCCUGCUCUCAUCAGAUGGGGACUGCAGGAAGGUCGAGGAGCUGGACAACGCCCACGAAAUCCUGAGGAUGUUGAUAGAUCUGGUGAACGACAAGGAGGAGGCCCUGGCGCACCAGCGCAAGGUCAGCUACAUGCUGGCACGGGCGGCCGAGGCCACGGAGCCCGGGCCGGGGCAGGAGCGGGGGGACACGGCAGGCAGGUGUCGGCUCGGAGCCCAGAGCCCCCCGGCCGCCCCUCACGCCGACGGGCAUCGCCUCCCUGCCCUCACGGGAGCACCGCGGGCCCCGGCCCGGCUGCGGGUACCGCCGGUGUGCCGGACACCGCUGGCAGGCAGAAAUGGUCACUUUUCUGGCUCCGGUGUGCUGUCACCAGAGAAGAAUCUACUGGACAGGGUCCAGGGGAGGCCGCACACAGCAUUUGGGCUCUGCAGCAGCUCCAGAGGCUGCGGGAGCCGGGCCCGGCCAGGCCGGAGAAGGGAAGGCCCAGAGGGGAUCCCGUGGAUCCACACAAACAUCUCCGAGGGCUGCCAGAGGAUGGGGCCGGGCUAUGCCGGGCGCUGCCGAGAAUAA